CCACGGACACGCGGGACCCGAUCCAAAUCCAGCAAAAAUCCUAUCCUAACUCUACCUCCCUGGCAAGCUCUAAACCCUGAGGCUAGGUAUUAAAUAAUGAGAUCAUUUCUAGCUCUGCCUCUGCCUCUACAACUAACAGACUAACAGCAAGCGACCGUAAACGAAAGCAUAUGUUUCGCCCUCUUGAAGCAAGCAGUGAUGCCCAUCCACUGCUCAAAUGGCCAAAAAUCCACUCUCCCACAAUUGCGAUCAGUCUAGAAACACCAGCCCCACAAUUUCUUUCAGCCGUUUUACCAAACAGGACGGUGCCUACCAGUGGAACACCAUUCUGAGAGGCUUCCUGGAGAGAAAUGACCCAAAGAAAGCCAUUCUUGGGUUUGCCCACAUGAGGAGGAGAGGGAUCAAAGUAGACAGCUACACCCUUCUGUUUGUGAUCAAGGCCUGUGGCCUCAUCAUGCCCGGAGUCUCUGAGGGGAAACAGAUGCAUGCCCAGGCGCUCAAAUCGGGUUUUGGAUUGGAGCUUGUGACGCAGACGGCUCUUCUCAGGAUGUAUUGUCUGUUUGGAGACUUGAUGGCUGCACGGAAAGUCUUUGAUGAAACUCCUCAGAGGGACAUCAUUCAAUGGAAUGCCUUCAUUUCUAUAUUUUCUCAGAGAGAUCACCCCAACAUAGCACUUCGAGCAGCCCGUGCUAUGAUAGAUGAGAAUGUGAGACCUGAUGAGGUGACUGUAGCUAGCAUUCUCUCUGCCUGCACUCAACUGAAAGCUUUAGAACAUGGAAAACAAGUGCAUGGCUAUGCCACGAAAAACCUUUUGGGAUUCGACGCUUUUGUUCACAAUGCUUUGAUCAAUAUGUAUGCGAAAUGUGGAUACUUAUCGAAUGCACAUCAUCUUUUUAAGAAGAUGAGCUGCAGAAAUGUAGUUUCAUGGACUUUGAUCAUUGAUGGUUAUAGUGAUAAGGGCAACCCAAGCGAAGCGCUGGCUUUGUUUAAAGAAAUGGAGGCAGCGGGGGUUAGGCCUGAUGAAGUAACUGUGCUAGCAGUGGUUUCUAUGUGCACAAAAUUGGGAAGCUCAGAGAUAGGGGAAUGGAUCGAUGACUAUGCCGAGAAAAAUGGGUUUCAGGAGAGCAUAAACAUUAUGAAUGCGCUCAUUGACAUGCAUAGCAAAUGUGGGGACAUAGAGAAGGCAUGUCGGAUAUUUGAUCAGAUGACAGAGAGGACUCUGAUAUCAUGGACUGCGAUAAUACAAGGACUGGCAAUGCAUGGUUAUGGUGUGGCUGCCCUUGUUCGGUUCUCUCAGAUGCAGAGGGAAGGAUUCAAACCAGAUGAUGUCGUUUUCCUAAGUGUUAUGAAUGCAUGUAGUCAUGCUGGUCUAGUGGAGGAGGGGAAGCAGUGUUUUGAGUCCAUGGUAGAGGAGCAUGGUAUAACACCUAGAAUAGAACACUAUGGAAGUAUUGUGGACUUGCUAUGCAGAGCAGGAUUACUAGAUGAGGCGUUCCAGUUUUUAGUGAGGAUGCCUGUGAAACCGGAUGCUGUGAUAUGGCGCACAUUGAUAGGAUCAUGUAGAGAUCAAGGAAACAUAAGUUUAGCAAGACAAGUGAUGGAUUAUGUACUUGAUUUGGAACCAGAACAUAGUGGAAAUUAUAUACUGAAAUCAAAUUUGCAUGCAAUGAUUGGGGAUUGGGAAAGCGUCCAUGAAGUAAGGAAUGACAUGGGAUUCAGAGAAGUUACCAAGAGUGAUCCUGGUCAUAGUUAUGUUGAGGUCUAACACAAUGUAAUAUGGUUUCAGUUACUUCAUUCCUUCAUUCUGUAUCAGUAAUAAUGUUAUAUGAAUCAGUGCAAGUACAAAUUAGCACCAA